CCCUCCUUUCACGUGUUCUCCUCUUUUCCUUUUCUGUUGCAGAUUUUCCUCUGCUUGCUUUUGGAACGUAAUGGAAGGCAAAAAUCAAACCUCUUCUUCAUCGUCUUCAUUUACUGCUCAACUUUUUGGAUCAAAGGAAUCAUGUGCAGCAGCUCCGUCUUCUGGUCUUUUCARUUCUAUCUUCCCACCUCCUUCCAAGCCUCAUGGAAAGGACUAUAUUAGCUCUGAAUUGACCGGGAAGAACCAUGGUGUUGCAGUCAAACAAGAUUUUGUUGAUAAAGAAGACAAGAAUCGGAAUCCAAAGAAGGAUGCGGGUCCGUUUUAUCAGCAAGAAAGAUCACAGCCAUGUCACCUCAGCUCGUCCAUAUAUUAUGGUGGUCAAGAUAUCUACACAAAUCCUCAGAUUACCAAUAACACCCCUGCAAACUCAACACAGUACAAUGAGGGAGAAGACGACGGACAUGCUUCAAGAGGGAACUGGUGGCAGGGGUCCCUCUAUUACUAGUUAUUAAAACCACCUAGGUAUGUGGUAUGUGAAAUCGACGUUCUUUGGACGUUUUAUAGCUCGAGGAAAAAAGAUAGCSCGCUCUCUCUCUAUAUAUAAUAAACUAUAUUAACCUCAUGCAUGUAUGUGAUCUUUUUCUUUUUGCAUAGAAUAAUAUCCUUCGUUAAUUAAAGGAGACAAGUUUGUGCGACUUGAAACUUCAUGUAGAUUUCUAGCUUUUAUUAAUGUUGGAUAUAUAAUUACGUAUGAUAAUUCCGUAUGU